CCAGAGGACGAGCAGGGAUUCUACAACUAUAACACAGGUACCUGGCUCUAUAACCGGAAAGCCCGAACGUCUAACAGGGUCUUUGUCGCCAAAUUGGACAAUGGCAAGGAAAUCGUCGCCAGGUUGCCCUUUCCCAUGGCUGGGCCGGCACGCCUCACCACUGCCAGUGAAGUGGCUACGAUGGAGUUCGCCAGAAUGCGUAUGAACACGCCCACCCCUAUCGCACUUGAUUACUCCACAGACGCCUCCAAAAAUGAAGUGGGAUCGGAAUUCAUCAUAAUGGAGAAGGUCCCAGGAGUGCAGUUAUACUCGAAAUGGAACGACGACCUCCCUAUCGAUGUUUUCUCGGGUUUCACUCGUGAUCUCGUGAAAACUGAAAGGUCUUGGGCUGAUGCUCGUCUGCCUUACAUCGGGAGUCUGUAUUUCGCCAAAGACUUGCCGAAGAAUACCCCCUCGUUUGGUUUGCCCAUUGAUUAUCCUCACCACGGGCAAUGGGGCCCUUUUGUCAUCGGUCCCAGUGUAGCGCGUAAAUUCUGGAGGGGCGGUCGCGCGCAACUUAGUGUCGAUCGGGGACCUUGGAAAGAUAUCCGUUCGCAAAUUAGCGCCAUUGUUCGAUGUGAGAUCGAAUGGCUUCGGCGUUAUGCCAAACCUCUGCCACGUCAUAGCCCCCUCUACCGAUCGGAGCGAGAAAACUCGCCGGAAACGCACAUCGACGUUCUUCAGCGCUGUUUGCAAAUCAUUCCUUUCCUUCCGGACCGACCCGAGUUCUCCACCUUCUGUGUCUGGCACCCGGAUUUACAUCCGUCAAACAUCAUGGUCGACGACGGUGGGCCUUUGACACCAAGUGUUUUUCUCGACUGGCAAACUGCCACUGUGGAGACACUGGUCGACAUCCCGAUGCCUCCAUUCCUUUCGUUCACUCGCGGGAAAUACAUCGAGGCCGAGUAUGGACCUUCACGGCCGCCUAGUCUUCCAGACGUGUUCAACGAACUACCCGAACAUGAACAGCAUAUCGCGUUAACAGAACAACGGCUUGCUGCCCGGUCGCAG